AUGGCGGAUCUCCGGGUUGUCGGCAGAGCUGGGGAGGUCGACUACCCCGCCGCGCCUGACGAGGAUUCAAACGGCAGGGCCCUCUUAGCGCGGCGCCCGCGCUUCACCAAGGCUGCAGCGGCGCGCUUUCUGCGGCUGUGCGCGUGCUCAGUCUUCGUCGGACUCAUGCUGCUGAUCGCGUUGCCGCCGACAUUCGUCCAGAUCGAAUCUUCGAUCGCGCAUCUCUCAGACGGGACAUUCUCCUUCUUGGUUCCACCACCACCGCCGCCACCGCCACCAUCACCGCCGCCACCGUUGCCGCCGCCACCAUCGCUACUGCCGCCGCAGCCGCCGCAGCCGCCACCACCGCCGCCGCCGCCGCCACCGUUGCCGCCGCCACCGUUGCCGCCGCCACGCCGCUGCACCGUCGCCGUGGUUGGCUCGUCCGUGGCUGCUGGGCUGCAGGCGGCGCCUUCCCCGACCACAGGCGAGAGGCCUCUUGGGUGGGCGGGGCGGCUACGGACGGCUCUCGCGGACCCACGCCACGGACUCGUCCUCUCCAACUCUGCCGUGCCCGGCGCCACCGUCGCCACGACGGCGCCGGUGCUGGCUGCGCUGCUCUCCGGGCCCGAGGUCCCCGGCACGGUCGUCAUCGGGCUGUCCCUCGCCAACGAGGGCCUCGCCAGCACCGGCUCGGAGGCUGCGGCCCGCCAGCUCGCCGACGGCUUCCUGCUCGGGCUGCACGAGCUCGCCUCGAGCGCGGAGCGCGCCGGCGCGUCGGUGGUGCUCGGCGGGGUCUACCCGAAUGAUGACUUGGACCUGACCCAGACGCGCGAGCUGCGCCGCACGCAUGCUCGCAUGGCCGCGUGGCGGUGGCCCGUGAUCAACUUCCUCGAACGGACAGAGGCCGGCGCGGGCCAAUCGCCGCUCGCGCACUGGCAGCCGAGGAUGCGGGCGGACGCAUGGCACCCGAACGAGGAGGGCCACGCUGCGAUGUUUGACGCCAUCAACCUGCGGCUCUUCUUGCAGCCCGCCGGCUGCGGACACGGCCGUCCGCCACUCUUGCCGCCCGCCCCGCCCACGUUUCCGCCGCUCCAGCCACACCUCGAAUUGAAGCCGCACCCGCCUCGCACGCCGCCACGAAUUGUCGCGCUGCGCCCCGAGGGCGCGUGCAGGACCGCCGACGGUGGCGUCGGCACCUACGACGAGAGAUGGGGGUUGACGCUGGCAGGCUGCGAGGCGGCGUGUGACGCGGGUUGCCAGGCCUUCGAGUUUGCACCGUACCUCGCUCGAACCGGCACGAGCAAAUGCGAGCUGCACUCCGAGCGCAUCAAAUACGCCGUCCCCCUUCCCGGCGCGGCCUGCUACACAAAAUCCGCCGGCCCGCCCUCUCCUGCUCCGCCGCCGCUGCCUUUGACACCGCCGUCGCUGCCAGCUGGGGGCGGGUACAGGGCGCCGGUUGGCCUCGCGUCCGACGACGCCGCGCAGCUCGACGCGAUGCUGCAGGGAGAGUAUUCUCGGCGGCUGUACGGCGCCUUGAUAGAUGUGUGCGCCUCCCACCGCGUUGACGUCGAGGCCCUCCACCUCGUCUACUUGGAUCUCGUCCCGGGGCACCUCCGCAGCAUCGCCAGGUCGCUCGGCGUGUGCGGCCUCACCUCCGGCUCAGACAGCGGCAUAGCGACGCCGCAGUAUUGGGCGGGCGGCCGCGCGCCGUCGUACCGCUGCAAGUCGGACGGGCAGCUCGGCUGCGUGCGCCCCUGCCGCUUCUCGCCGCCGUACGGCUCUCCGCAGCGCGCCUCGCGCCUCGCCGCCAACGACGCGCUCCUCUACGCGUCGAUGAGCGGGGGAAUGGACCCGGACGACUCGGCGUGGCUGAUGCCCGCCCUCUCGACGCCCUUCACGCCGGUGCCUCCACAAACGUGGGUCGAGGUGUCGCACUGCCCGCGCUGGGACGCGCGCUCAAAGAGCACCGCCGCCCUGCGGACCGCGGGCUGGUCCAAGAUGUGGUUCUACGUCGCGCCGGGCUCAGGCCUCUCCAUAGGCCUCUCCGUGGACACCGGCCGCACCGUCGUCAUCGACGAGACCGCGGCGCUCGCCACGCGCCACUUUGGGGCCGACCAGCAGUGCGCCGGCUCGGAGCACUGCUGGGGCGGACGCGUGGGCGGGAACCCGAAGAGCGUGCUGUCGGACACUCUCCCCUCGCUCAAGGAGGACGGCGACGCCUCGCCGCUGGUGCGCUACGUCAGGCACGAGCUCGGCCUCUCCGACGCAGACAUCGCCGGCCUCGACUCGAUCCAGCGGCUCGGCCACUUCGAGACCAGCUGCACGCAGCGCCGCUUCGAGUUGAUCCUUUUCACCGACGGAGCCGCCAUCCACGAGGGCACGACCAACCUCGAAGCGGCCGAGGCGCUUCCGAGCCGCAUCAAGUGCGGCCGACACCCGCACCUCGUCGCAUGCACGCCGCAGUCGCCCGGCAUCCGGUACAUGUCCCCGUGCCGUGGGUAUGGCAGCGCGCUCUACAGUGGCGACGUGCAGCGGUCCAUCUGCUAG